UCUCAGUUUGUUCUUCGUUCGAGUUUGACGUACGAACUUUAUUAUCUGCAAAAAUGACUGGUCGCGGAAAGGGAGGUAAAGGUUUGGGAAAAGGAGGAGCAAAGCGGCAUCGCAAAGUUUUGCGUGAUAACAUCCAAGGUAUCACCAAGCCAGCCAUCCGUCGUUUGGCUCGUCGUGGUGGAGUGAAACGUAUCUCCGGAUUGAUCUACGAGGAAACUCGUGGUGUUCUCAAAGUGUUCCUUGAGAACGUGAUCCGUGACGCCGUCACUUACACCGAGCACGCCAAGAGGAAGACUGUCACCGCCAUGGACGUCGUCUAUGCUUUGAAACGUCAAGGCCGCACCCUUUACGGUUUCGGCGGUUAAAUUUUCCUGUCAUCUUAUAAAACAAUCGGCCCUUU